AUAAUGAGUUAUGUGUGCGGUUUAAGAAUUGUGGAGUUUCCUACAGGGCACCCAAGAUUUUGGUUCAGUUUUCUCUAUAUCCUUCUAUUGUGGUUGACUUUCUGUUUCUUCGUUAUAGAUAAAGGGAUGCCUUACAUUCCUGAUUAUUCCGCCGAUUACAGAAUUUACGUUUCGCUGAACAUUUUUAUAGUUCUACUGUCAAUGCUUCUUGGAGUGUACCAUGACAAGGGACACGUGGAUUGUUGGGCACCAGAUAUCAAAUAUAAGUCGAAAUUUGGAGAUCAAGAUCGUAAAAACAAUGUAAUUAUGCGGGAAAACAGAAUUAUGCUGAAGAAAAUUCGUCAAGCGGAAAGUCAAUAUCCUACUCGUGCGUUUUUGAAAGCCUGGAAAAAGAUACAUGAGGCAGUAGAGCACCAUGCAAGAUAUGUUUCAGUGAUUGAGAGACUGUCCGUUGUAUCAGAUAUACGAAGGCAAUUAGCCGAGAAAAGUCAAACGAGAUGUUUCUUCGAUAUUGGACUUAAAGAAGAAAAUCAGAAUUUAGGACGUAUAGUGUUUGAGCUCUACGACGGUAUUGUACCACGUACAUGCGAGAACUUUGCAGCUUUUUGCCGUGGAAUAAAUGGAUUCUCAUAUAAGCACACUCCAUUUCAUCGUAUUGUCUCUGGCUACUGGUGCCAGGGAGGAGAUGUGACAAAGUUUGACGGUACCGGCGGUAUCUCUAUAUAUGGAGACUCAUUCGAUAAGGAAAAUUCCAAUCUACGUCAUGCAGAACCUGGCGUAUUGUCCAUGUGUAAUAAUGAUGAUGGCAGGAACGACUCUAAGUUUAAUCUUACGUUUAAGUGCUUGAAAACCAUGGAUGGAGAUCGAGCCGUUUUCGGCCGGAUAAUAAGCGGACUGAGAAAUAUUUACAAGGUAAUACUGGACAUUUCCUUUGUUGGUAAUCCAGAGCUUUGCUCGAAUACACAAUGUUACUAA